AUGAAGCCUGAAAACGACGAAACUUCGAAUGAUGCACCGGCAAAUGAACAACUUGACACUGUCAGACAUUUACGUAGUGACCCUCCUGCCAUGUCUUCAACAAGAGACACGAGGGAACUUUCGAUGAAGGCACCCCGAAUAUAUGAUAGGAAUUCCGCAACUGACAGCUCCCGACCUCGAUCAAUUCCAGAACUACGGCGAAGGGUUUCAAACGGAGAUUUUCCACUAACGGAUAACUUCGCCAUGGUCACUACGCAGGAGAUGCUAAACCCGCCUGACACUGAUGGUCUUCUUCUGCAGGAUUCUGAUUUCGUAUCCUUCAUAGAGAAGUCCGUUUCGGACGACGUCAACACUGAUAUGCUUCAAUAUUUAUGA